CAACAAGGCUGGGUUGGCAGGUGCUUUUUGGUGAUAGCCAAAGUUAGUAAUUAAGUGAACAAUAACAGUUAGCAGAUUUACAUGAUUAGCGUAAAAAAUGAUGAACCAGUGAUUCUGAACUUACAGAUGUGGAAUGGCAGUGCACCUAAGUAUGAAAGAAAGAUAUCCGAAUGCUCAAAAGAAUUCACUAUGAUCGCUACCCAGAACUCUCACUCUCCAGCAGAACUAGAUGAGAGUGCUAACAGAAAUCACCAGACUAAUCAACAAAAUCGGUUACUGGGACUUAAAAAUGGAAAGGUCGGACCUCUUAAUAUUGAGCCCCGUUCCCCAACUGAUAAUGGUCAUAGCCGCAAAUCGGCAUGGGAACGUGCACAAGAAGAGUAUGAGGCAAAACAAAAACAAUCGAAAGAAACAAGAGUUGAACCUUUUAUUCUGGAAGAUGAUAGCUUGGGUGAUGUGUCAUGCUUUAACAAAAAAACGCUUAAGAGAGUAUUUAAAUCAAAAAAAUUCAAAGAUCCAAAACUGGAACAUCUGUACCAGAAAUAUUUCUUUAAAUUGAAUCAAAACAGUAUGACUAUAGUAAUGGGGAUAUUUUGUGUAAUUUGUAUUGUACUUAUCGUCUUUUAUUAUGUUGGGGGAGCUACCUUACCUGCUAGGGGGAUUGUUUUGACUGUUGUUAUUGUUCUGUUCAUUGUUCUAGAAGUCUUGUGCAAUAGAAAAUCCUUAAAUGAACCUCAGUUGUUUAUUUUGUGCUAUAUUGUGAUAUUUGUGUUAUGUGGUAUUGUAAUUUUAAUAACUUUAGAUACUGAUAUACAUGACGCAUCCGAGGGGGUUUGGUGUACAAUAUUUUUUACUUAUAUGAUUUACGCGUUUGUGCCUAUACGUAUGAGACUCUCUGUAAUGAGUGGAAUAUUUUUAUGUGCUAUUCACCUGGUGUGUUCGGCAUCUGUUAACUAUGGUAAAACAGAUCUGUGGAAACAGCUCUUAUCAAAUAUUUUUCUGUUUAUUGGUGUCAAUUUUGCUGGAGUAUUUACACAUUAUCCGACCAUCAUGGCACAACGGCAAGCAUUUUUGGAGACGCGCAGAUGUAUUGAGGCCAGAUUAACUACCCAGAGAGAAAAUCAGGAACAGGAACGGUUAUUACUGUCUGUUCUACCUCGACAUGUUGCUAUGGAAAUGAAAGCUGAUAUUGCCGGUAAACCAAAAGACAGCAUGUUUCACAAGAUUUAUAUUCAAAGACAUGAAAACGUCAGUAUUUUAUUUGCUGAUAUUUGUGGUUUUACGAUGUUAUCAUCCCAGUGUACAGCUCAGGAACUAGUUCAACUAUUAAAUGAAUUAUUUGCACGGUUUGAUCGAUUAGCUGCUGACAAUCAUUGUUUACGUAUCAAAAUUCUCGGAGAUUGUUAUUAUUGUGUUAGUGGCCUGCCAGAAGCAAGAUUUGACCAUGCCCAUUGCUGUGUUGAGAUGGGGCUUGACAUGAUAGAUGCAAUAUCGUUAGUACGAGAUGUUACUAGAGUAAAUGUUAACAUGAGAGUGGGUAUUCAUUCCGGUCGUGUUCACUGUGGUGUUCUGGGAUUAAGAAAAUGGCAGUUUGACGUCUGGUCAAAUGAUGUAACUUUGGCAAACAAAAUGGAGGCCGGUGGAUUACCAGGACGAGUUCAUAUAACAGAAGAAACAUUAAGUUAUUUACAGGGAGAUUAUGAGGUCGAACCUGGUAAUUCGUGGGAGAGAAGUACAUAUCUACGAGCACAUGGCAUAGUUACAUAUCUCAUCAAACCUCAUGAUACUCCAAAUAAGAAAUUACGUCCAUCAGUAGAAGUUACUGUUAAUAAUGGUGUUAAUGGUGAUAAAAGUCAUAUCAGUAAAGAGAUGAAGACAAUGGGAUAUGAUAUGAAUCCUGAUGCGGCUCUUCAUAAUAAAUUAGGGUUAGAUAAUUUAGAAGGCAAAAAUCCAGAAGAAGAAGUAAAUGAAUACCUUGCUAGGGCUAUAGAUGCUAGGAGUAUAGAAAGAUUACGAUCUGAACAUGUUAAAGGUUUUUUUCUCACGUUCCUUAAAAAAGAUCUUGAAGAAAAGUAUUGUAAAGUACGAGAUGUUAUGUUUGCCUCACAUCUUUGCUGUGUUUGUUUAAUUUAUUUCUGUGUUUGUGCUGUUCAGUUAACCAUUGUGCCUAGUUCUAUUCUUACUGCCACUUUAUUUCCAGUUGGUGCCUUUUUGAUACUAUCUCUUUUACUGCUCAUUUUAUCAGAGUCUUUUUCAUGUACUCCAAAGGGUUUGCGAAUUGUUGCCAGAAAAUUAGCUUUAAAUCGUUGGUUAAAUCAGUUGGUAGCGAUUAUCUCCAUAGCAACAGUUUAUGUUGCUGCUUUUGCAUCUAUGUUUAUAUUAAUUGUUCCUGAUAUCUGGAGCUGUGUUCAGACCUAUUACAACCUCACAGAAACUUCCAAGAAUCUCUCUUUAUUGAGUCAAACUAUCUUCUUAGAUGAAAAAGGGUUAACAAAAUGUGAUAACUCUGGACCUACUUCUGUCUUUCCUCAGUAUUUUACAUUAUGUGUGAGUUUGGCGUUAAUAAGUUCAGCUGUAUUUUUACAGACUAGUUCUGUUGUUAAGAUGGUUUUAUUAAUUUCGUUGACAUCUAUUUAUUUACUGAUUGUACAACUACUUUAUACAGAUCUAUUUGAUAAUCAUGACCUCUUACUACAAGCAAACAUAUGGAGUGAAGUCCCAGAUGCUUCAUUUAGUGUAGCCUUGAAAUGGGAGACUAUUAUUGUUUUGGUAAUAUUUGCAAUAGUGCUUUUUGUACAUGCUCAACAAGUAGAAUCUACUGCUAGAUUAGAUUUUCUAUGGAAGAUACAGGCUACAGAAGAGAAAGAAGAAAUGGAGAGUUUACGUGCCUAUAAUCUGAGACUUGUAGCUAAUAUCUUACCUUUAGCUGUUGCUGAACAUUUUCUUAAAAGUAAAAAAGAUGAGGAUUUAUAUUAUAAAGAUUGUGAGAAUGCUUGUGUUAUGUUCGCCUCUAUAACAAAUUUCUUUGAGUUUUAUAUGGAACUAGAAGCGAAUAAUGAAGGGGUUGAAUGUCUGAGAUUACUUAAUGAAAUUAUCGCAGAUUUUGAUGAAAUUUUAGAACAAGAGAGAUUUAGAUGUGUAGAGAAGAUUAAGACUAUUGGCGAGACAUAUAUGGCUGGAUCAGGAUUAACACCUCAGACUAAUCAUAGUGAUAUGAGACAUGUUGUAGCGGUCGUAGAUUAUGCCUUCGCUUUAAAAGCUCAGUUAAAACAUGUUAAUGAACAUUCCUUCAAUCACUUUAAAAUGAGAGUUGGUAUAAAUGUAGGCCCUGUAGUGGCAGGUGUUAUAGGUGCUAAAAAACCUCACUAUGAUAUCUGGGGUAAUACUGUCAAUGUUGCUAGCCGUAUGGAUUGUACUGGGGUUCCAGACAAAAUACAGGUUACUCAAGAAAUGUAUAAUAUUUUAUCAUCUCGUGGAUAUAUGUUAGAAUGUCGUGGAAUGGUUAAAGUGAAGGGAAAAGGAGAUAUGAUAACAUACUUUUUAAUAGGAAAACCUUCGUAAAACAUUCAGGAUAUAAGAAAACCUAAUAUAAUGUGAUAAAAGCUGGUGUCUGUAGGUCCUGUGGUCGAUAUUAAGAGCACAGUGUUCUUAUGGGAUGACAUUCUUUUAUAACUAAGUGUAGUGCUUGUAACAAGGGAAACAUUGGUGGUCAAUUCAUCACUUGUAUAAAAUAAAAAGAUGGCACAAUCAACCGUUCAGCCGAAAUCAGCUGUUCAUGAACACAAUUUGACCAAGCUUGGUGGAAACCACAUGGUUCUUCUAGAGGUAGUUGAACUUGUUUUAGUGCAGUCAGCACUAUUCUGCUUUUAUGAAUAAUAUCGUGAUUGUACCAAAAUGAACUAAGGAAAGUUUUAAAUUUCAUAUGUAAACAUGGUUGAAGGAAAAGGGAGAUCAUUUUCUUUUUAUUAUUUACAGUAUGGAGAAUAUUCAGUAGAACUAGAACAUUCCAUAGUUAUUGCAUUUUUAUACGCCCACAUUUUCAUGUGGACGUAUAUUGUCGUCGCCCCUGUCUGUCCGUCCGUCCACAAUUGUUUGUGAACACUCUACAGGUCACAAUUCUUAUCCGAUUUCAACGUAACUUGAAAUAUAAGUUUAUCUCCCCAAGAUUGCGGUUCCUUUCGAUAUUGGCAUGUAUAGGACCGUAACUUCAUGAAUUAUGGCCCCUGAUUGUACGAAAAAUCACGUUUUUAGCUUGUGAACAGUGUAGAGGUCACAAUUUUAAAAAAACGUUUGAAUAUAUCACCGUUACACCCUAAGGAUGGUUGAGUUUGAAUUUCGUAAAAAUCGAACCGAAACUGACGGACAAAAUGGCCGCCCUUCGUUCGCAAAUAGUGUCAAAAUAUUGUGUAUCAAGGUUGUGGACCCUUUGGAGGUCACAAUUGUCAUCUAAUUUUGAUGAAAUUUGAAAUGCAUGUUUAUAACCCAAAUAUCUUGGUUCCUUUCUAUUUUCGUGCAUAUCGAAUCAUAACUUCUCGAAUUAUGGCCCCUGAUUUUACGAAAAAAUCGCGUUUUUAGCUUGUCGUCCCUCUAGAGGUCACAAUUAUUAUCCGAUUUAAAAAAACGUUCGAAUAUAUCACCGUUACACUGUAAUUUUGUCUGAGGUUGAGUUUCUUGAAAAUCGGACCAAAAUUGCCAGACAAAAUGGCCGCCCCUCGUGCGCAAAUAGUGUAAACAUCGGGUAUAUCAAAUAUCUGAUGAAACUUGAAAUGCAAGUUUAUAACCCAAAGAUCUUGGUUCCUUUCAAUAUGGGGGGUUGGAUGGAUGAAUGGUUAGCGUGCGCGCGCUGUAUCAUAAAGUCUGUCAUUGAGUCGACUGGCGUGGUUUCGAAUCCCCGGUUGUACGUGACAAGGAGUAGGGUCGCCUGUCCAACCUCAUGGGUUUUCUCCGGGUCCUCCGGUUUCUUCCCACUGCUAAAGACCCCUAUGCGCAAGCGAAUUAUUGAAAUAAAAUUAAAACCAUGUGUUAGUCCCAAAAUGACCUAGUUUGUGUCGAGUGGACGUUAAACCUCAUUUCUCUCUCUCUCUCUCGUUUCAAUAUUCGCGCAUAUCAGAUCGUUACUUCCUGAAUUAUGACCUGUAGAGGUCACAAUUUUUAUCCGAUUUAAAAAAACGUUUGAAUAUAUCACCAUUACACACUAAGAUCUUGGUUCCUUAUGAUAAUCGCGGAUACCCGAACUUAACUUCCUAGAUUAUGGCCCCCGAUUGUUCGAGAAAAAGCAUUUUUAGCUUGCAGAUUCUCUAGAGGUCACAAUUUUUUUCCGAUUUUAAAAACCGUUUAAAUACAUCACCAUUCCACCAUAAUGAAGAUUAAGUCGUAUUUCAGGAAAAUCGAAAUGAAACUGCCCGACAAAAUGGCUGCUCUUUGUAUGCAAAUUAUGUAGAAGUGUGUAAUACGAAGGUUGUGGACCCUCGAGAGAUCACAAUUUUUAUCUGAUUUUGAUGAAACUUAAAAUAUAUCUUUAUAUCCCAAAGAUCUCAGUCCCUUUUGAUAUUUGCACAUUUCGGGCCAUAACUUUCUGGAUUUUUGCACCUGAUUGUACAAAAAAUCGCGUUUGUUUUUAGCUUUUUCUCUAUCCAUCUCUUGCAAAAUGUGGGCGUAUCCUGCCUGGCAGACGCUGUUUUUUUUUUUUAUUGAAAUCUAAUAUGCAUAUUCUUUAAUAAGGCAUCUGCAUGGAUUAACCAUUUGCAAUUUAAAUUUGACAUUUAUUAAAGUCACUGUGAUGUGUAGUGUUUUAAAAUAUAAAAUAAUAUUGUCCAUAUUUUUGUCCAUUAUAUGAGGAUGUCUUGCCGAUGAUUAUAUUGUGCAAUAUAAAUUUAUUGUGUUUUGUAUAAAAGUGUUAUUAUUGUAGCUUUUAAUUUAAACCAAAGUGUCUUGUAUCAUGGAAUUUGCUCCAUUUAUUUCCUGCCGCCUCUGUUGAGCUUUUGGUGCCUACUGAUGUAUCUAUUAAAUUUUGUGACUUCCUAUAUUUAUUAAGUUUAUUUGACAAUGACCGAUAAAUGAAAUAAUCUGCUAAUAAACAGAAUUCAAUUUUUUAAAAAUUAUUUAAUUGUUGCCAAUACAAUAUUUUAUCACAUGAAGUUUGAAGUGAAAUGAACAGGCUAAUUUUCCAACAGAACUGUUGUGACAAUAAUGUGUAAAUAUAUAUAGCUGUGCUUUUUACGGCCCUAGUAUAAAUAUACUGCUUUUAUUUUAAGAUUUAUUACUGCUAUAGUUUAUUAUUGUGAUUGUUCUUCAUCUUAUCAUGUUGUAAAUUUAUAAGAUUCCUUUAAUAGGUGGGGCCUACAUGACUCAAGUCAGUAAGGUGUUAGCUCGCUAAACCAGGAGUUCUCAGGUUUGCUUCCAGUGUUUUCAGGGAAAGUUCUUCAGGAUUAUCCUGCAUAGUUCCCCCUUGUCAUUGGUGCAGGCUGAAGGGCCUGCCAAGGAACUGUCUAGUAGUUUGAAUGGGACAAAAAGAGAGUUGGACACUGCAUGGCAUAUUAUAGCCUUCUUCAUUAGCCCAUUUGGUGCAUUACUAAAACUAGGUGUGUAUUGCUGUUCACCCUGUCAGUAACCAAUUUUUGCGUGCAAGCAAAGAUAUUGAAAUGUUUGCCGGAAUUGUUAGCUUGUAAAUACGUACUCGACUUAAUAUUAGAUAAUUUUUAUAACUUAUAGCUGUUACCUUUGCUUUAACAUUUUUUUCUGAAAGCUUUAUAAACAAGCGGACUUUAUUUUUCGCAUCCUUCAACAAUACAUGUAUCUCAUUUUUGCACAAACUACAAUUAAUGGAUUAUCCGUAUUGACCCCCCAGAUAAUCGAGCGUCAUUGGGUCUAUAUUAUGUUAGCUUCCAACACUUGUUACACUUUCAAAAUAGUUGAUCAUUUAUAUAAUAGUCUAGUCAAAUAAAUUUUUAUUGAGUAUACAAUAUGAUUUAUUUUUAUUGUAACAUGAUUAAUUUUUAUUCUAACAUGAUUUAAUUUUAUUGUAACAUGACUUUUCUUUUGCUUUCAUUUAUGAAAAUUUUAUUAAUUUGAUAUAGAUCUGUAUAAAAUAUUUACAUAAAUAUAUUUUUAUUUUCAUUUCAGUUUAUGAGACAUACAUAUUUUGAUUAUACAUUGUGAUAUAUUUAUCAGAUUCUGUCCAUUUUCAUUACAUUACAUGAUAAACUUGACUAUUCAAGACCUUUUGUAAACUAGUUCUAUGCCAAAACGUAAAUGAAAGGUAGCUAUAACCUGUCGGUUCUAUUAUUCCCUGAAAAACAACUAACAUAACGCAAUUAUAAUUUCACUUAACAAGUGGAUAUUUCUUCAGACAGUUUUCUUGGGAAUAGAAUAAAGAGUUCUAAGAAUGGCCUUCCACACUAAUUAUUAAGUUUCAUUUAUUGAAAUAUGAGUUUUGUCCUUUAAAGCUAUCAAUAUAUUAUGUACUUCUAAGUAAUAAAGCUAAAUAUGUGUUUUUCGCUGAAAACUAAAUACAAAUUGUCUUUAUAAAAAGAUUGUAUAUGGACAAAGUUAUUUACUAAAAUAAUAAAAAAAGACAAAUGUAUACAUAUUUAAACCAUACUGUUAUAUUUAGAUGUAUUUGACAAAAA